GGCAGCAGGGAGGCCGACAGGAUCACGGCGCUGCCGGGGCAGCCGCCGCGCGUCAACUUCGAGCAGUACGCCGGGUACGUGACGGUGGACGAGGAGCACGGCCGCGCGCUCUUCUACUACUUCGUCGAGUCCCCGUACGACGCCGCCUCCAAGCCACUCGUCCUCUGGCUCAACGGAGGGCCAGGGUGCUCGUCGUUGGGAGCCGGCGCGAUGGAGGAGCUCGGCCCAUUCCGUGUCAACCCGGACGGCAAGACGCUUAGCAGGAACAGGCACGCCUGGAACAACGUGGCCAACGUGAUCUUCCUCGAGUCGCCGGCCGGAGUUGGGUUCUCAUACUCGAAUACGUCAUCGGACUACGGCAAAAGCGGCGACUUGAGGACGGCGGUGGACUCUUACGUCUUCUUGCUCCACUGGCUCGAGCGGUUCCCCGAGUACAAGGGCCGCGACUUCUACAUCGCCGGCGAGAGCUACGCCGGGCACUAUGUCCCGGAGCUGGCCACCGUCAUCGUGGCUGUCCGCAAACAUACCGGCAAGGACCCCACGAACCUCAAGGGAAUCUUCGUUGGCAACCCGUUCCUUGAUAACUACAAGAACGAGAAGGGCUCUCUCAAGUUCCUGUGGAACCAUGGGGUGAUGUCCGACGAGAUGUGGGCCGACAUUACCAAGCACUGCAGCUUCGGCCCGUCCGAUGGCGUUUCGUGCGAAGAGGCCAAGUCGCCGUUCAACCAGAGAAACUUCUUCACUACCGCCGGCCGAAUCGAUCCUUACAACAUCUACGCUCCGAUCUGCAUCCAGGCGCCCAACGGGACGACCUACUCCAGUGGCUAUUUACCUGGAUACGAUCCGUGCAUCAACCACUACGUCCCAGCCUACUUCAAUAGGGUUGAGGUGAAGGAGGCGAUCCAUGCUCGGGUCAACAGACAUUGGUCCGCUUGCGCUAACCUGCACUGGAACUGGAAAGAAGCUCCGGUGUCCAUGGUGCCAACGCUCUCGUGGCUUGUCCACACCGGAUUGCGAGUGUGGCUGUACAGUGGUGACAUGGAUGAUGUGUGCCCGAUUACGGCGACGAGGUACUCCGUCCAGGAUCUCAAUCUGACCAUCACAAAGCCGUGGCGCCCCUGGUACACCCCUGCCAACGAGGUUGGAGGUUACAUUCAGCAAUACAAGGGAGGAUUCACGUUUGCGUCGGUGAGGGGAGCUGGUCACCUAGUACCCAGUUUCCAGCCUAAGAGAUCGCUAGUUCUCUUCUACUCCUUCCUGAAAGGCGUGCUCCCACCCGCAGUUUCAUUGUGGCAGCCGUGA